AAAUGAAUUGAUCUUACCAAAGCGAUGACACAUGAAGUAUAGUGUAUUAUAAAGCAAUAACAAAUCGGCAGAGGCUCCAGAACUUGCUAUUAACUAUCGACUUAGCWCUGAGAUUAUGCGAGAUGAUAGUUCUCAGAAUCGUCCUGAUUUAUACCGGGAURCUUUGUGUUUUUGCUUUCCGAAUCGCAAAGUCCGACUGCCCUGCUUCAGAACGGUGGACGCAGCUUGUAAACCAUGUCAUGGAAACUUUGACUAUUGACGAUAUCGAUAGUUGCUACAGGGCCUGCGCUGCGAAGCCAGGUUGUCAGAGCAUCAACUUCUACAGAGGAAAGUCUCUCUGUGAGUUGAAUAGUAGGACARUAGAGAACACGCCCGAUAUGAGAGUGGCUAACGAAGACUCUGUGUACUUCACGAUUCCAGAUCCACUUACCCCAGAGCCCGCUCUCCAGAACUGUGCGCGAUUAUACCAAAGAGGGUACAUACGAAGUGGUAUAUACACCAUUAAUCUUGGUGGCAGAGAAAACUUUAAAGUGUACUGUGACCAGAAGACKGCUGGAGGAGGAUGGAUCGUUUUUCAAAGAAGAAAGGAUGGCUCAGUUGAUUUUUAUCUAGGAUGGGAUGACUACAAGAAAGGUUUUGGAUAUCUCGAUGGCGAGUUCUGGCUGGGUCUUGACAAGAUCUAUAGACUGACGAACCAAACACGAAACCGUCUUCGUGUAGAACUUGAGGAUUGGGAAGGAAACAGCUCGUAUGCCGAAUAUGACUUCUUUGCAGUGGCCAAUGAACAUCAUAAAUACAGACUGAUCAGUCUUGGUCAAUACUCAGGUAAUGCAGGUGAUUCAUUGUCCUUACAUCGUGRUAUGGCUUUCAGCACCAAAGAUGAUGAUAAUGAUAAUAACCAUACUCGUAACUGUGCUAAAGAGUUCAAGGGUGCCUGGUGGUACUACAACUGCCAUUUCUCCAACCUUAAUGGUCUGUACUACCAGGGUAAGCACAAGUCCCUUGCUGACGGUGUGAACUGGUAUCUUUGGAAGGGUUUCWACUAUUCCGCUAAGAGAGCUGAGAUGAAGAUAAGACCAGUGUAGUCAUUUUUUGGAACUAGCGAUGAAAUAGUGAGAUGCCUGUGUGUUUUAAGRAAACAGCUGUUAAAAAUUUUACACCGUAAAAAGUACAAUAAUUAACUUGCUGACGUCUCRAACGUUAGUCCUCUGACGAUGAAACUAGGUUACUUCUCCUACUUUUUACGGUUCAAAAAUUUAUUUUCUUUCACAGCAGUGCCAGGGGAGGUGCUUUGGGUGCGCAGGCACCCUCCCCCCUUUUUGGACGACGUCAUUUUUGUAUAUAUCAAAACAACGUUUUUUCUGCUGUUUAUACUCCUGUUGUACUUUAAUCGAGAAAACGAGUUGCAUACACAACAUGUGUCUGCCACUACGCUGCUUAACAAUCUAUUUGAGUAGUGUACUCAAAAAUACGUUCCAAUAAAAGUCAAUUUGAUUCCUGUCAAA